GAGACCCUGUCUCUGGCACAGAGGUUGGCAGUUAGAGGAAGAGAUGGGCUAGAGCCUUGGGGCCUGCAUUCUUGGAAUGAAUAAACCUUGGGAGGCAUUCAGAAUUACAGUAUCAGGAAGGCAAAUAUGACGAACCUUCCGGGUGGCUUCUGAGCCUAAUUUAGUGGCUGAGAUCAUGGAUUCCCUGAGGGAGAGUGAUGAAGAAGAUGGCAUGGAAAAAGAACUUAAGUCUCACGAAACCUAUUUAUUUCAGGGCUUGAAACAGCUAUACCAGGCUCAUCAGCUCUGCGAUGUCACCUUGUGGGUCGAAGGAAGGAGCUUCCCUUGCCACAGGAUGCUGUUAGCUUCAGUCAGCCCUUAUUUCAGAGAUAUCUUCAUCAGUUCCAGCAAUGGGUCACUCAAUGGGGAAAUUCUGCUCGAGAACAUAACUGCCUCCACACUCCAGAGCCUUCUGGACUACCUCUACACAGAAGAGCUGUCACUCUCUGCAGAAACGGCCCAGGACCUCUUCACUGCAGCUAGCAAGCUCCAGAUCGUCCCACUGAAAGAAACAGCUGGAAGGUACCUUGAGCUGAAUGUCUCCAUGAAUAAUUGCCUUAGCCUUUAUGGUUUGGCCCAUGAACAUGAUCACCAUCCUUUGCUCCAAGCAGCCUCACGCUACAUCAAACAACACUUUGGACCCCUCACCAAGAAGCAAGCCUUCCUGAACCUGGAACAUGGAGCACUGGUCAAUCUCGUAUCCUCGGAUAGCCUGGAGGUGUCCUCAGAACUGACUGUCUACCAGGCUGUGCGCAACUGGGUGGAGACUGCAGCCUCUGUCCGUUUCCCACUGUAUAAGGAGCUCCUUGGACACGUUCGCUUUCCCCUGCUUACCCAUGUGGAGCUUGUGGAGGUCCAGGCAGACAUUGCAGAGUAUUACAGGCACAUGCGUCUGAGAUGGAAGGAGCUGGAUGGGACUGGGAGGCUAGAGGAGAGUGGCGGACUCAGAAGUGGCAUGUAUGAUGAGUGCUUUGUGUGUGUGGAAGUCAGAGAAAACUGGACCCAGGAUGGAGAGGACCCAGAAUCGUACCUACACAGUUUUGACCCUCAAGCGGAGAAGUGGGAGAAGCUGCCGCCACUGAGGUAUCUGAGCUAUUCUGCAUGCGCAUCCUUGGACUGCAAACUUUACCUGUGUGGAGGUCAGAAGGCCAAUUGUUCUUUUGUUGACACCCUGCAUGAGUACUGUGCCUUGACCAGCCGGUGGACACUGCUCCCACCCAUGUCGACACCUCGGGCACUGCUUCCCUUUCUAGCCUGCACCCAGAAGCUCUAUGCACUGGGUGGGUGCAACGAUGCAGGCCCUCUCGUUUCCGCCGAGGCCUUCAAUGUGGUGCAGAACAUUUGGGAGCCCAUCCAUAGCCUGCCCCUCGCGCUGAUGUAUCCUGCUUCCACCGUGUUCAAGCAUAAGCUGUACAUCAUUGGAGGAAAAGCUUCAAGGAGUUAUAGGGGCCUUCUUAUCUAUGACACAAGUGCUGACUGUUGGACCGAGGUGCUCAUGGAGUUUGCCUGCCACGGGGCAGCUGCUGUCGCAGUUGGGACCGGGAUGUAUGUUUUUGGUGGGUACACAGAGGAAAGGGGCAACUUUCUGGCCCACAGUGUGAUGGCCUCAGAGGAGCCCCCCUGCUGCACCAAAGGGAGUUUUUACCUUAGUGAAAACGGCAGAGUGAGCGGGGAGGUCCAUAUACCAGAAUUGCCAGUCGCCUUGGCCUUUGCUUGUGCAGUGGAAUGGCAAGGUAAGAUUUACCUGUUAGCAGGCAAAGACGAAAAUCGUUCUUACGACACAUGUUACAGCUGGGUGCCAGAGGACACAAGCUGGACCCGGUGUCCAGAGGAAAUCCCAGUUAGCAACGAGGCAAAAAUAUUCAGCUGCGCAACCCUGAAGAUGCCGAAAAAGCCAAUCCGCUCCCUUCUGCUAGAGACAUCCCCCUCCUUGGCUGUGGUUGGGGUGGACAGUGUUAAGAAAGGCCACUCCAGCGCGGCCACUCGAGAUGGUUGCCUUAACUGCUGCUGGGGUGGAAGUUAAUCCAGCGUGCUUGUCAAAGUGUCCAUCCGAUGGCCUGUGCUGUUAGCCAUGAACCUCCCCACUGAUGCUGCCCUUGAAAGAUUGAGCUGCUUGGGAGGGUGACAAGAUGGCUGCAUAAGUGUCACCCCCUGUUCAUCCUCCCCACUAGCUAAAAUACAAUGACAUCUGUGUUAGAUGCUUAUUAAAAGGCACCCGCUCGACUGUAA